AUGCAAACGCUAAAAAUACAAUUUUUGGGGUGUUUCAUCGCUCUGAAUGCUUUCUUUCAGAAAAUACAAUUUUUGGGGUGUUUCCUGUUUUGUCUAAUUGCUUCGUGUACAUCACAAUGGUCCGGAUCAGGUGGAAUAUCACAUGGUUCCAGUGGACCAAAGAUAAACCUUGGUCUCCAUCAUACCAGAGGAAACUGGAAAUUCAGUGGAUCAGGAUCGACUAAUUUUAGGGGUAAAUGGAACGUGGGUCUUAAAGCUACUUUCAAGUUCAGACGAUCAGCACCAUUGCCAAUGCUUAAUCUAUCGAUUAGAGCCAAUCCAUGUAGAUUUGACCUUUACGACCAAAAUAAUGAUGGUUAUAUUACUGAAGAGGAAAUCCAUGCAAUAUUUGAGAACGAAACACUAACACGAACAUUAUUCCAUGCUUUGAGUGGAGGAAAAGUUAAUGGAGGGAUAACUAAAGACGUCUUCGACAUCAUGUCGCCUGCUGUUAUUACAGGAUGUUAGUAGUCCUCAAUGGUUACUAUUUCAUAUGCCUCGAUUUGUAAAACCAGUAUGGAAAUCCUACCAAAGAGCAUUUUACCUCAAUAUUUAACUUGCAAUAUUUACAAACGAAUGUCUUAUUCUUUAUUUAUACUUUAUUUUUUCAAUAAAAGUCGUAUCAUUUUA